GGGGGUCUGGGGCGGGCCAGGGGGCGCGCUGACCCGGCGCGCGGUCACGCUGCGGGUGCUGCUGAAAGACGCGCUGCUGGAGCCGGGCGCCGGGGUCCUGUCCAUCUACUACCUGGGGAAGAAGUUCACCGGGGACCUGCAGCCGGAUGGCCGGAUCGUGUGGCAGGAAACUGGGCAGGUCUUCAACUCCCCCAGCGCCUGGGCCACCCACUGCAAGAAGCUGGUGAACCCCGUCAAGAAGUCGGGCUGCGGCUGGGCCUCGGUCAAGUACAAGGGCCAGAAGCUGGACAAGUACAAGGCCGAAUGGCUCCGGAGGCACCAGCUCCACCUGCCCGCGGCCGCCACCGACGAGAGCCCGGCCAGCGAAGGGGAGGAGGAGGAGCUGCUGAUGGAGGAAGAGGAGGAGGAGGUGCUGGGAGGAGUCUCGGCAGAGGACAAGAGCCGGAGACCCCCGGGGAAGGGCGCCCUGGAACCUGCGCACCAGGAGGCCGCGGCCCCGGGGCAGCGCGGGGAGAAGGCCCGGGUGCCCGUCCGCUACUGCACGCUGGGUGGCCGUGACUCCGCCAGGAACCCCCGCACCCUGGUAGAAGUGACGUCCUUCGCCGCCAUCAACAAGUUCCAGCCGUUCAACGUGGCGGUCUCCAGCAACGUCCUCUUCCUGCUGGACUUCCACAGCCACCUGACCCGGAGCGAAGUCGUGGGCUACCUGGGAGGCCGCUGGGACAUGAGCAGCCAGAUGCUGACGGUGCUGAGGGCCUUCCCCUGCCGCAGCCGGCUGGGCGACGCCGACACCGCGGCCACCGUGGAGGAGGAGAUCCACCAGAGCCUGUUCCUGCGGGGCCUGUCCCUGGUGGGCUGGUACCACAGCCACCCGCACAGCCCGGCGCUGCCGUCGCUGCAGGACCUGGACGCGCAGAUGGACUACCAGCUGCGGCUGCAGGGGUCCCCCCAUACUACGCCGGCAACCCCGGGCCCGAGUCCCAGAUCUCACCCUUCUGGGUCAUGCCGCCUCCCGAGCAAAGGCCCAGCGACUACGGCAUCCCCAUGGACGUGGAGAUGGCGUACGUGCAGGACAGCUUCCUGACCAACGACGUCCUCCACGAGAUGAUGCUGCUGGUGGAGUUCUACAAGGGCGCCCCAGACCUCGUGCGGUUCCAGGAGCCCUGGAGCCCAGAGCACACCUACCUCGACAAGCUGAAGAUCUCCCUGGCCAGCAGGACGCCCAAGGACCAGGGCCUGGGCCACGCGCUGGAGCAGGUCUACGGCGUUCUCAAGCAAGGGAGCUGAGGCCGGCCAGGCCCGCGCCAGCCCUCAGGGGACAGUGCCCUUGGGGACAGUGCCCUCGGGACGGAGGGAGGGCCUUUGCCGCUUUCAUUCCUGCAUGACAGUUGAGCUUGGAUAAUAAAGAGAAGCCACCAGC